UUUUUAGAUAGAUUAUGAAAUUCGAUGCUGGGACGUAGAGUGCUUCUAAAAGCUCUUGGUCGGAAGAUGUCAUUCCACGCUGUUAAAUUUGAGAAUCUGGCUCUUAAGAUACUACCUGUCGAUGAAUCCAAAGUACUGGGAUCGCGUCGCGUUGAAGGUGCUUGUUUUUCGCUCGUUGAUCCAGAUCCGGUUGAAAAUCCCGAAGUAGUUGUAUUGUCUCAUGAAGCCCUCAAGCUAUUGGAUUUCGAUGUGAUCAAUGUACCCGAUAGCGAGGUUGCUGAUUUUUUUUCAGGCAACAAGCUACUUGAAACAUGGAAAACAGCUGCACAUUGCUAUUGUGGUCAUCAAUUUGGUUACUUUUCCGGACAAUUGGGAGAUGGAACAGUUGUCUAUUUGGGCGAUAGAUUAAAUUUGAAAGGGGAACGUUUUGAAAUUCAACUAAAAGGUGCUGGAAAAACACCAUUUUCGAGAGGAAGCGAUGGGCGCAAGGUACUGCGUUCAAGUAUUCGUGAGUUUUUAGCCAGCGAAGCCCUGUUUCAUUUAGGAGUACCGACCACUAGAGCAGGUAGUUGUGUCACGUCAUCAUCUACAACUGUUCGUGAUAUUUUCUAUAGUGGGAAUCCAAUAAACGAGAAAUGUACGAUAGUGUCACGCAUUGCUCCAACUUUUCUUCGUUUUGGGUCUUUCGAAAUAUUCAAAAGUACAGAUAGCGAAACUGGAAGAGAUGGACCGAGUUGCGAAGAAACACAUCUUCACAUUUUACCUGACCUGUUGAACUACACAAUUGAGAAUUUUUAUCAAGAAAUUUGGUCUGAGUAUAACGAUAAUUUCGAGAAAAUGAUUCAAGCUUUUUAUCUCGAAGUCGUGAGGAAAACAGCUUACCUUGUGGCAGAGUGGCAGUGUGUUGGUUUCUGUCAUGGAGUUUUGAAUACUGACAAUAUGAGUAUCUUGGGACUUACAAUUGACUACGGACCGUAUGGCUUCUUGGAUCGCUACAAUGCAAAACAUGUCUGCAACAAUUCCGAUGAUGGUGCUAGAUAUUCAUACGAGAAGCAACCUGCAAUCUGCAAAUGGAAUUGUCGAAAGCUAAUUGACAUGCUGAAAAAGGUGGCGUCCGAAGAGGACUUAUACAAAUCCUUGGUACAGUUUGACGACUAUUACGAGAAAUAUUACUUGGAUAAAAUGCGGCAGAAGUUGGGCAUCAAACCACGAAGUGAAACUGAAGACCAAGAAUUUGUCAAGUCGCUUCUCAGAGUUAUGCAGAAGACAGGGGCUGAUUUUACGAAUACUUUCCGCGUCUUUUCCUUGACGAGGACUCCGAAUGAGAGCAAUUUUGAAGACUCCAUGAACCUUGUGAAAUCCCGAGUGUUAGAUUUUUGCACAAACGCCGAUGAAUUGCGCCGACAGUACAAACCAAAUAUAUCGCAACAUGAACUAGAAAUGGUUCAAGCAUUAGCGAAUACAAACCCUCAGCUUCUAUCUUUAAUGGGAGGAAGGCGACUGUUGAGCGAGAUGAGAAAAAUGGAAAUAUACGAAGACUAUAAGAAUAUAACAGACGUGGAAAAGCGCACCGAUGACGAAAGUCAUUGGACUGAGUGGUUUGAAAAAUACACCGAAAGACUGAAAGUGGAUUGGCCUGCAGAUACUUCAGAAGCUGAUAUGGAUGAAAGAGUGGCGAAAAUGAACCAAGCCAACCCCAAAUUUAUUCUGAGGAACCAUUUGUUACAGGGAGCAAUUGAAAAGGCGGAAAGCGGGGACUACACAGAAGUCAAAAGACUGUUCGAGCUAUCCAAGAAGCCUUACGAAGAAACACAUGCCCUUGAAGUUGAAAAACUGUUCCCGCAAUGCAGCUCUUCUAAAGAUCAAAAAGAUGCUUCGCCAGCUGACGCAGCAGCUCUGGAAAAGUAUUUCAGCCGCCCUGCUCUGAAAGACUUGGACAUUCGGGUCACGUGCUCUUCUUAGAUUGGGUAAACACCCUUGAACGGAUGCUAAAACAAUUCCUUGAAGCUAACGAAUGACUAAAAUAAUUAAAACCCGUGAGGGAAAAUAUUAUUUGAGAUAUAGUUUCACCAGGAAUGACUUCGAGAUUAUAUUUUGUAUGCAAAGACUUAGUUACUUGAUUAUGUAUAUAUUCCUAUUCAACUAGAUAAUCAUUUCAUUCAAAUUAUGAAGUAAAUUUU